AUGGCCCAACCACUCAAUGCGCAGAGAAUAGACGCCGUCUUCCAGUCUCGGCCUGACAUCAUUGCCAGGAUCAGCAAAGCUGCAGACUCUCCUGCUCGAAUUGCCCUCUUCAACGAAAUCGCCGACCACGUCUACGAACGGUUACAAGGGCAUGAAGAGCCCGCACAGAAGAAGAGGAAAGUCGGAGCAGAGACAGGUGGCAGCCCAAGCAGCCAGGCAGCGCUGUCAAACGCGGCAGAUGAGGCCGUGCUGUUGAGCAUUGCAGAGAUUUCGGUGUCCGUGCCUCAGAGGAAGAAGCUGGAGAUAUGCUUCACCUCCAACCACUUAUAUGCCAGAGCCCCUGGAACAACAGCUCCCCUGCAAGGCGUCAGCUAUGCGUGGAGAGAUAUUGAAUAUGCCUUCUAUCUUCCCGUCCCCGACAAGGCCCAGGUCCAGCACAACUACAUCAUAUUCCCCAAAGGAACCUGUUUACCUUCCAAGACGGCCCCUCCGCCAUCCUUAGAGCCACUGGUCUUCACUGUCCCCGCAACUGCCCCAAAGCAAGGCACCAUCGGAGGAAGUGAGUCGGGAUCCGCCGCCGCAGUAUCAGACAACUACAAGUCCCUGUUCCAUUGGGCCAUAAAUCAGCGACUACAGGCUGCAGGCACCGGCGUCAAGAUUGUCUCUGCCGAUCCAAACAAGUUUCACAGCAUGAUCCGCCAGCCUCACCGGCCAAACGAAACGGCGGUCCACAUCGGCGGCUUCAGGGGCUCAAAGGACGGCUACCUCUUUUUCCUCGAAAACGGCAUCUUCUGGGGCUUCAAGAAGCCACUCAUCUUCAUCCCCAUGAACCGCAUCGCCGCAAUCAGCUACACGAGCAUCCUACAAAUCACAUUUAACAUGGUCGUCGAAGUCUUCACAGACGAGGACGGCAAGACGGAAGAACUGGAAUUCGGCAUGCUCGACCAGCAAAACUACGGCGGCAUCGAUGACUACGUCAAGACCAACAGGCUGCAGGACAGGAGCAUGGCCGAGCAGAGAAAGGGCAAGCUACAGCUGGCCGAAAACAAGGCGCCCAAGAAGAAGGAUGGCGAAGGCGAGAAUGGCGAUGCUGAAGGUGCCGAGGGAGCAGGCGAUGGCAUGACUGAGCUGGAGCGUGCGCAGAUGGAGGCUGAACAGGCACUACAAGACGAAGAAGACGAAGACGAGGAGGACUACGACCCUGGAAGCGAGGGCGAGAGCGAAGGCUCAGGCUCCGAAGAUGAUGAUGACGACUCCGACGAUGAUGACGAAGACGAUGAAGAGGACGAAGAGGACCCAGAAGGCGAAGGAGAAGAGGGCGGCGAGGAGGAAGAGGAAGAAGAAAAGCCCGUCGUCAAACAAGAGCCUCCAAAGCCUGCUCCAAGGGCGAGUAGAGCGGCCAAACCAGCCAAAGCCGCGGCCCCCGCCAAACCAGCCAAGCCAGCCAAGCCAGCGGCAAAGCCCCCUGCACCAGUCAAAGCUGAGGAGCCCAGCAUUCCCGUCCGAACAGGCUGGGCAGCCUUCACUUCCCGACCAAGCACAGAUGUUGACAUGGCUGAUAACGACGAUGAAAAGUUUGACGUGGUAGGAUAA